UGUAUAUAUGACUUACAAGAAAGUAUUGUUGUUGAAUUGGCAAUCGUCGUUUUGCAAUUUAGGUCAUCUAAUUUUUUGUAUACAAAAAUAAAUAAUGCAUAUUCGUAAUCUUCUUAAUUUAUUAUACAUAUGAGUAGAGAUGUUAUACAGUCGUAAACAAUGGCAGUAAAAAGGAGUUAUAAUCUAUACCCAAGCUACAGACUUUUGCAGGUUAUAAUUGAAAUUGAAAAAUAGAAUAUCAGGAGAAAAUUACUCUGUUUGCGUUUCCAAAAUAAAUGGUAUUAUUUAUUUAAUGUUUUAUGAAUAAUACAUUAUCUUAAAAUGGGAGAUGAAUAUAAAAUGCAUAUUAAACUUGGAGAUGAAGCAAUAUGUCCAACAACAUUACGUCAUUUCAGACAUGCGAUGGGUGAUAUACAGAAUGAACCAAUGCAAAUUGUAAACGAAAAUGAAAUAGUUUUACCAGAGAGGAUUGCUCAUUAUGAACCAGAUUCAUUACAAAUAGUUGAGGUUAAUGUUCACGAACAUUUCAACGAAAAUGUAGGAUCUGUACAUAAUCAACCCCAGCAAGAGAACAUUAUUACAAGAUCCGAAGCUUCUGCAGAAGAACAGAUCAGUGAUUUACCUUACAUAGAAUCAGAAUCUGAGGAUGCAGGGAUUUUAAAUUAUAUAAGAAAUUUCUUGAUGGACCAGUAUGAGUAAAAUAUACCAAUAUCAAACAUACCUGCAAAUUUAAAAGAAUUUAUAGUGACGCAUUUUUUGAAAAAGUGAAUGCUCGUGUAGAUAGAACUGUAGGAGAAUUAUUUUUUAUGGUUUUAAAUUUUAGCAUUGAAAACAGUUUAUCUAUGCAAGGUAUGAUAAAUUUGUUUAAAUUUGUUAAUACUAUUUUCUCAUAACCUGUAUUACCUGAUUCAAAACAUAUUGUCGAUAAAUUAUUGAAUCCUCAAGGCUGAGUAGAGUUCCAUGCAGUAUGUCAUAAUUGCUUAUCAUAUAUCGGUGAUUUCAAUGAAGUUAAAUCUUUUCGCACUUGUCAAGUUUGUUAUUCUGACAUAGAUCUUUCAAAAGCAUGCAGCUCUAAUUAUUUUGUUAUCAUUGAUCCGUCACAAACGAUAUCUGAUAGAUAAUACCGAUGGCGCUCCUAAAUUCGAGUCUUCGCAAUUUUCUAUAUGGCCGAUAUAUUUAAUGUUGAAUGAACUACCCAUUCAGGAUAGAUUAAAAAAUUUAAUAACUUGCGGGUUAUGGAUUAAUAAAGUAAAACCAGAAAUGAGUGUGUUCUUAAAUCCAUUGGUAGAUAGAAUGAACCUCUUAUCUACAAAUGGAGUGACGACCAAAAUAUGCACUGUAGAACGCUCCAUCAAAGUGUAUAUUUUAAUAUGCUGCGUAGACUCAGUAGCUCGAGCUCCGGUACAAGGCAUUAAACAAUUUAACGGAAAAUAUGGAUGUAAUUGGUGCGAACAUCCUGGGAUGUGGAUGUACGGUAGUAUUAAAUAUCCUAUUAUGGAGCAAAUUCCAAACCCACGAGAACCACAAAGUAUGCUAACAUAUUUGCUUCAAGCUAUACCUGGCAAACCAAUAUUUGGGGUAAAAUACCCAUCUCCUUUUAUUAAUUUAUCAAACUUCAAUAUUGUUUAUGGAUUUGUACCUGAUUAUAUGCACUGCGAUUUAGAAGGAGUAGGAAAACAAGUCACAAAUCAUUAUUUGUCUUCCAUGACCGAAAUAGAAAUAAAAGGCUUGGAUGAAAUACUAAAACAAAUUAAAUAUCCUUGUCAGGUUUCACGUUUAACUCGUCCGCUUAGUAUAAGAAAUGAUUGGAGUGCUUGAGAAUGGGAGAAUUUCAUUUUGUUUAGCAGUGUUCCAAUUUUUAGUACAAAAUUAAGCAAGAAAUUUUUAGACCACUGCAUGCUUUUAGUUGAAAGUUUGUAAAUAAUAUUAUAAGAUAAUAUUACUGGCAUUGAGCUCGAUCGUGCCGAUGAGAUGUUGCAUAAUUUUGUUUCCAAGACAGAACAACUGUUCGGAAUUAAAAUGAUGACCUUCAAUGUUCAUCAAUUAUUACAUUUAAGUAAAAGUGUUCUUGAUUGGGGGCCUUUGUGGGCUCAUUCCACUUUCCCAUUCGAAUCAGAAAAUCGCAAUUUAUUAAGAGCCAUUAGAUGUGCUAAAGGAGCAACACAACAAAUUGUUCGUUUUGUAAAUCUUAAUCAUAGCUUGAUAAUUUUACAAGAAUUGGUAUAUCCAAAAAUGGAUGACUUUGUCAAACUUUAUUGUGAUCAUACUUUAAUCUCCAGAGUAAAAAUGCUUUAAAAAUAACAAAUAUGACAUACUUUGGUGAAGGUGAAGAUAUUUACGAAUAUAAAGAAAUUCUUCAGACAACUCAGAUGUCUCCAACCCAUACAAAAAUAUACAAAAAAGCAGUGAGAGAAGGAUGUUUAUAUGGUUCGUACUUACAAGAAAAUGAAAGGUCAGACAAUUCAUUUGUGGUUCUGAAUGAUGGAAAAUUUGUAAGGAUCGAUAAUUUUAUUGUAGAUAAAUAUACAAAAAGCGAAUUUGCUGUAUGUCAUGAACUAGUUACAACAAAUUUCAGUAGACAUUUUAAAAUACUACAACAAUUGUUAAGUAUUUCGCCACAUAAUUAUAUAGUUCCUACUAUCAAUAUCAACAGAAUUUGUGUUCGUAUUAAAAUAGUUGAUAUUGACUUCUUGUGUACAGUACCAAUUUUACUAAAGUAUUGAGCGAUGGUCGACUUCAAAUAUUAAAAACAAAAAUAA